AGAAAACAAUGAUUAUGAAAGAAUCAAAAUCCUUCCCCUUCACUCCUCCCAUUUUCAACCAUACUUAAGCCACUCUUGUUCACAUUUCUUAAACGCUCUUUCCUCUUCUCUUUCCAGUUGUCAUAUUUUGCAGGUUCUUUGAGUUUCCAUCAUCAACAUGGCUGCAGAGACACCUUCGAGUAAACAAAGCAAGGCUUUUGCAAGUCUUCAGAAGUCCAUCGAACGCCAGAAACAUAAAAUUACUGAUGUGGAGCUUAAACAUAAUAGUGACAAAGCUGCCUCUGUGACCAAACUCAAGGAAUUUUCUGACAUGUUUAUCAAGAUCACCAACAAAGAAUCUACUCUCCAUGAGGACUGUCAAAAAGAAUUACAACAGUUGAAAGUCAUGAACUCUGGUAUGAGUGAUGACAUGGAAUGUAUUAAGAAAGAAGUUGAGCAGAUGACGAAGGAAUUGGAAAAGAGUAAGAUCAUAAAGGAAAAACUUAAGCAGAUCACUAAGGAAUUGAAUACGGUGAAGAGCCAGAAUGUUCUGCUUCAGCUGAUUUACAGUGACUAUACUGAGAGGGCUCGAAAGAUGAUACAGAUGAGAAAGGAAUUGGAGGAGAGUAAAAAAAUAAAGGAAAAACUUGAGCAGACCACCAAGGAAUUGGAGGAGAGUAAAAAAAUAAAAGAAAAACUUGAACUGAUCUCUAAGGAAUUGGAGGAGAGAAAGUCCCUGAAUGAUCUGCAGCAAAAGAAUUUUACAGAGAAGACUCGAAAGGACAAAAAGGAACAACUCAAUGCCAAAACAGUUCAGCUCGAAAAACAACAGAAAAGUAAACAAAAGCUGGAAUUGGAGAAUCAUCCGCGUAAAAGAAAGUUAGAAGUCAUGAAGAACAUGGAAGAUGAAUCUCUGAAGACGGUAGGUAAUUUACAAACAAAUUUAAUGGAAAAGGAACAGUUACUUCAGGAGUUACAAGAUUAUUGCCAAUCAGUGAUCACUAAAGAGCGUCAGAGCAAUGAUGAGCUUCAGAAAGCUCGAAAAAGAAUGAUUGAGGGAAUUGCAGGAAGGUCAAGUCGUUGUGCCAAUAUUGGUGUAAAGAGAAUGGGGGAACUGGACAAUGGGCCAUUUCUUAAAGCUUUGCGUGCGAAGCAAAGAAAUUAUACGCAGAGAGCUGCAACAUUGUGUUCUGUGUGGGAAAAUAAUCUGAAGGACCCCCAUUGGUAUCCAUUCAAAAUAAUUACAAUUGGUGGGGAAUCAAAGGAAAUUAUAGAUGAAGAAGAUGAAAAGCUGAAACGACUGAAAAGGGACAUGGGUGCUGGGCCAUACCAAGCGGUGGUGAAAGCUUUGACAGAGAUGAAUGAGUACAAUCCUAGUGGGAGAUCUGUGGUCUCAGAGCUAUGGAAUCAUGGAGAGAACAGGAGAGCAACUUUGGAAGAAGGGGUUGAAUUUCUAUUUGGACAUUGGAAAACAAAAAAGCAGAAAACACAUCAAAUGGGGACAGAUGAUGAUAGUGAGGAUGCUUAUCAAAGAAAAAAUGGUAGUGAGGCCGGAUAGCGAUAAUGAUGACGAUCAGGUGCCUCCCGCCGAUAAUAGAGUUAGUCACUCUGGUGAAGCAUCGCCUAGUGUAACUCAUAUUGCUUUGCCUCUAACUUCCAAGUAAGUUGUGAAAUAUGGGAAGGUUGAUAGGUAAUGAAAUUAAGGUAGUGCUUUUGUUUUGAACAUUUUGAGCUAGUAGGAAAAAGAUUACAAGGGCUAGUUGGUAUGAGCUUUGUUUUGGUGUAUAUGUGUACAUGUAGAUGUGGCUAGUUGGUAUGUAGCUUGCUAUCCUUGUUUGUUACUUCACUGGUGUGGGUAAACACAUGGAUGUUGAACUUUGAAUGACUAUAUUAUGUGCCUUUUGUUUCUACUUUAUUUCAUUUCCUUGUUAACUUGC